AAGUGUUCAUGGUCUAGGCGUCUAACACUCUAACCCUCCUUGCUCAAAAUAUAAAAGUAAAGAAGCGUCUAUGUCAUAAUAAAUUUUCUCUCUACUCAAACUCUAAACCUGUGCUCUGUAUCUACUUCCUCCUCCUCCGGCAUUAUCUUCCUCCUAAAACCCUAACAACAAAAGCAGCGUCUUGUAGUUGUAGUUGUGUCUAUAGUCGUCGCCGACUCUGCGACCACCUCUCCCUCUUUGCUGCGGCUAUUCUCGUCGCCGCCGCCGUCUCUGACAACCACCUCUCCUUCUCUUCCGCUGCUAUUCUCGGUGUUUUCGACAAUAAUGUGUUAUAAGUCGAAGACGAAUAUGGGGUUAUUAUCUGAAGCAGCAACAACUGUUGCCGAAAGUGAUGUGACAAGAAAAAAAUUGAGGUUAAAAGUUCUUGUAAGUAAGCCUGCUAUAAAAUCUUCACAAUUACCUCAAGUAAACUGCUUGAAGAAUCCAUCAGUAGUUGAUGGCAACAAGAAGCUCGUCGGAACUAAAGUGCGUGUGAUGGGAGUAUGUAAAUUCUCAAAACAAGUGCCUAAAGUGAACUGUGGCCUCGAAAAAUCUUCAGUAACUCUCAAUCCGAAAAUUCCUGUUGUUGGCAAUAGGAAGCUUAACUCUAUUACCGGAUUAAAGCGUAGAGCUGAGGAAGUGUUAGAAGCUCCUAAACCAAAGAGGUUGAAGAUGGAUCGUGCUGCAAUAGUACAUUGUCAGAACAUUCUUGCAAAGCUAAUGAAUCAUAAGUUGAGUAACAUAUUCCUUGCCCCUGUAAAUCCUGCUGCCUGGAACAUUGACGACUAUUUUGACAUAAUUAAAAAACCUAUGGAUCUUGGCACCAUUAAACAGAAAUUGCAGCAACUCAAAUACAUUGUUGUUGAGGAGUUUGAGGCUGAUGUGAGGCUCACAUUUUCUAAUGCAAUGUUAUACAAUCCUCCUUGCCAUUGUGUUCAUGAAUGUGCCAAGGCACUUGUCGAGGUGUUUGAUAAUUGUUGGAAGCCUGUUCAAAUGAAAUUGGAAAGGUUGAACAAAGAGAAAUUGGGAAGGGAGCACAAAGAGAAAUUGGAAAGGGGGCACAAAGAGAAAUUGGGAAAGGAGCACAAAGAGAAAUUGGAAAGGGAGCACAAAGAUAUAAAGCAGAGGAGCACUCCUUGUCACCUUGGUCAGUUGCUUGGAAAGGCUAUGCCACAAAUCAAAGAGCCUGUAUCUUUCAGUGCUGUAAAGAUUGAACAUACUUCCACAUUGCAUAUGGGUCACCACGUUCAAGAGUGCAAACGUAUGUUUCCCAAUGAUACUAAGGAUAAACAUACUUCUGAUUUUCUUUCAACAACUGGUUCUUCUGAUGCUACUACCAAAGGCUUGGAAAUUGUACCCAAUAUUGAAUUCUCUCCGUCAAAGGCUUUACGUGUGGCACAAAUGAAGAGUAGGUUUGCAGAAACCAUACUGAAGGCCCAACGUCACACUUUGUUGGAACCGGGUGGUGAAGCUGAUAAAACAAUUUGGCAACAAGAAAAGGAGUCAUUGCAAAGGAAACAACAUGAAGAGAAAGCUAGAAUUGAGGCUCGAAUUAGGGCUGCCAAAUCAGCUGCAAGAUUAAAUGAAGAAUCUGAACUCAAAAGGAAAAGACAAGAAGCGAGGGAGGAAGCCAGGAUGGCUAUUAGAAAGAUGGAACGAUCAGUCAACAUUGAUGACAACUAUCAAGUUCUGAAAGAUCUUGAGUCUCUGAUGGGAACAUCUUUAGUAGUCGUGUGCAAUGAUCGUAGGUCCCUUGCUACUAUGUGGAGUCAUGUAGACAAUGAUAUACUUAGGAGCCCAUUAGAGCGUCUUGGUUUAUUCAUCAAGGAAGAGUACAGUGUUGGUGAUGAUGACUACACGUUAGUUGAAGAGGAAGAUCUGGAAGAAGGGGAGUUUUAUUGUUGAGUUAUUGAUAUACUGUGUUGACAAAUGCGCCAACAAGUGAACUUUAAGGCUUGAGGGUUGGUUUUGGCUCUUAUUCAUCAGUCUCCCUCUUAGUUUUGUAUAUGAUCGUUUUGACUGGUUAUUAUGGUAACGAAACGUCUUCUAUUUUAUUCAUCAAAAUAGAAAAGGGGUAAACAUUUCUAAGCUGCUGCUAAAUGGGGUGGUGGAGGGUUGAAAUUUUAGUUGUACUCUUUUCCAGCUCUAAUGUUUAUAACCUUGUAGAUUUAAGUUGCAAGCAGCAUAUAAAUGGCGUAUUUUUGUAUAGUGGAAAUAGGAAUGCUGGGGUUUGUAUAUUAUUCAAUUGCUCAUUGAUGGCUAAGCACGAUAUGAGUAUGCAUAAUUUUUUGAUACUGCA